UUCUUCUUCUCUUCCUCCUUCCUUCCUUCUUCUUCCUCUGCUCCUUUCUCUCUCUCUUCACAGAUCCUCCACUUCACUCCAUUCCCCCUCUCCUCGGCUCCUCUCCGUCUCUGCUUGCCUCAUCCACUUCCCCCACUGAGCUCAGCUCCCUCACUCAGCCGGGACACUCGCACCCACUGAGCUCAGCUGCUGAAGCUCUGCCCCGGUUUCCGAGCUCCCUCCCGCAUUUCGUGGAUCUGCUGCCCCACGCGCCGCCGGCAUUUCCCCUCCCUCACCCCCUCCUGGGUUUCCCUCCUGCUCUACCUCGGCGGCCCUGCCGCCCCCGCUGAUUUUCCGGAGCCAUGCGAUCUCUCGCUCCCAGCACCGGCUGUAAUGAGAAACCGCGUUGCUCCGGGAUGCUCCGACGGACUAACCCUACCCAUCUCCUUCGGCCGGCUUGUGGAGUGUGUUGCGGCCUCCGGGCUCUGUCUUUCUGACAAUGGUGUGUGUCGGCUCUGGUUCUGGGAAAGAAGAUGCCCGCUCUGGUGUUGCUCCUCCUCUCUCUUCUCAGCCCGCUGCUUCUUUGCUCAGGUAUUCAUUCUUCGCACAUCUUCUUGUCUCCCUCUCUACAGCCUAGUCGGCUCUCUCUGAGUGAAGAGUCAGCAGAUAAUGGAAAUCUACUUUUGAUGAGUCUAUCCUAUUCUUCAUCAAGGCUGCAUCGAAAACAGACUCCUAAGCCUAUAUUGCAGCCAAGCUUGGCUCCGGUGCCGUCUCCAAUCUAUACAGUUCCUGUUGCCGUCCCUGCCAGUAGUCCAAUACGUAGGCGUCAUGGUCAUCAUCGUCAUGCCAGACCCCGUGUGGCAGCUCCAUCACCUUCGAAAGAACCAGGCUGUGAUCAAGUUUGCGCCGAGCCACUUACUGCAACCCCUUUUGGUUCGCCAUGCGGUUGUGUUUUCCCCAUGAAAGUCAGGCUCCUCCUUGAUGUCGCUCCUUAUGCUGUAUUUCCAGUAAUGAGUGAGCUGGAGAUAGAGAUUGCAGCCGGCACUUACCUUGAACAGAGUCAAGUGAAGAUAAUGGGUGCUAGUGCUGAUAGUCUGAACCAGGGAAGGACGAUCGUCGACGUAAACUUGGUUCCUCUUGGAGAGAAGUUUGAUAAUACCACCGCUGAUCUAAUAUAUGAGAGGUUUUGGCACAAAAAGGUUCCUCUGAAUGCAUCUCUUUUUGGUCACUAUGAAGUGGUAUAUAUUACAUAUACAGGGAUUCCUUCAUCACCUCCUUACACGGGAAAUGGCCCGACAGCGAGUGGUGGAGAUCUCCCAGUUACUGCAAAUUUUCGCCCUAAGAAUCAGAAGAUGAACGUCAGGACUAUCGCCAUAAUUUCUUUGUCAGCGUUUGUUCUUCUAUUGAUUCUCAUCGGAGCAUUUUCUAUGUUUUUCAAAUGGAAGAAGUUUGGAAGACCAUCAAGUGCUGUUGGUCCAGCAUUCACUUCUUCCAUAAACAAACGUUCUGGCAUCGGAUCAAUUUUAUCAAGCAGCAUUAGCUCGGCCUCGGGAUCUCUCGUGUCCUCCAUGGCUCCUUGCAUGUUGUCUGUUAGAGCCUUUGGUCUUGCUGAGCUUGAGAAAGCUACAGAUAAGUUCAGCUCGAGGAAGAUUUUAGGUGAAGGAGGAUUUGGGCGUGUUUAUAAAGGGAUUACGGAAGAUGGGAGCGAAGUUGCAGUUAAGUUGCUAACAAGGGACCACCACAAUGGUGAUCGAGAAUUCAUUGCUGAAGUGGAGAUGCUGAGCAGAUUGCAUCACCGAAAUCUCGUGAAGCUCAUUGGUAUUUGCAUUGAAGGGCGAACGCGCUGCCUGGUCUAUGAGCUGGUUCACAAUGGCAGUGUCGAGUCCCACUUGCAUGGUGCCGAUAAGAACAAGAGACCUCUUGACUGGGAUGCAAGGAUGAAGAUUGCACUAGGAGCGGCUAGAGGACUGGCUUAUCUCCAUGAAGAUUCAAACCCUCGUGUAAUUCAUCGGGACUUCAAGGCUAGUAAUGUUUUACUAGAACAUGACUUCACUCCCAAGGUUUCAGAUUUUGGGCUUGCAAGAGAAGCAACCGAAGGAAGUCAGCAUAUUUCUACUCGUGUCAUGGGAACUUUCGGUUAUGUUGCACCCGAAUAUGCAAUGACGGGACAUUUACUAGUGAAGAGCGAUGUUUAUAGUUAUGGGGUUGUGCUGCUCGAGCUCAUAACUGGCCGGAAGCCCGUGGACAUGUCCCAGCCUCAGGGACAGGAGAACCUCGUUACAUGGGCCCGCCCAUUGCUGACAACCCGGGAUGGCCUAGAGCAGCUGGUGGACCCUGCCUUAGCUGGCACUUACGACUUCGAUGACAUGGCAAAGGUGGCUGCUAUAGCUUCUAUGUGCGUACACCCUGAGGUGACCCACCGGCCGUUCAUGGGCGAGGUCGUGCAAGCUCUAAAGCUUAUAUACAAUGACUUGGACGAAACCUGUGGCGACUACUGUAGUCAAAAGGACUCUUCCAUUCCCGACUCAGAGUUUAAGGGUGAGUUGGCCCCGUCAGAGAGCAGCUGGUGGAACAAUCCUGGUGGGGCCACCCCUCGGUUGACAUAUGGUCACACCUCGUCCUUCAUCACGAUGGAGUACAGUUCGGGCCCGCUGGAGGAUGUGGAGAACAGACCACUAUCCGACUCGGGCUUCAAUGCCGAUGCACUGUCCCUCCCUAUGAGGCAUUGGAACCGAUCAGGUCCCCUAAGAACCGUGAGGAGCAAGCCAGCGUUUUACAGACUUAUGGGAGGGAGCGUGAGCGAGCAUGGAGUUCUACUUUCGAAACGAACUUGGAAUGAUGGGAACUGAAGUUUUAAUCUCUUAAACUUUCAUUAUAAGAUGUACAGCUCCAGAUCUUAUUGGCAUUUGAUUAAACAGCGGUUCGGUCCUCUUUAAGUUUGGAUGCUCGGGUUUUGCUCUACUGUCUAGAGCACGCGUGGAGUGACCCUCUUAAAAUUGCUAAUUUUGAGAACUUAUGAUUCAUUCCAACAGAGAGUUUGAGAUCUAUGUCAGGAAAAAAAUCUCUGUUGUAUAUUUUUUCCCUUUCUGUAUUAACUUCUACAAUUUUGAGUCGAAUGGGCCGUUCUGACUGAUAUCUAUGUUGACAAUCUUUCAAGAUUA